GUAAAUUUGAUUUUUGUGGAAAACGAAAACAGUUGAGAUAAUGAGAUCAGUUCCGUACUUUUUAUUUCUUUGCUAUAUCCUACUCACAAGAUCUUUUUCCGUAGUUGAAAGUUGAAACCCACCGAAAGCUACACCACUUUACUAAUACUCCCACUUCGCACGCUUUGCUUUCUUUCGUGUCUCUAACCAUAAUGAUGCCCCCUUUAGCCAAUUGAUCACUCGCUCUACAAAGACAAAGAGGCUAUGAUAUUUGUUGGUCCCUGCAAAUGAUGGAUGCUCGCGCUUUCUCUUCUCAUUCCGACGCUUCCGUUGCCGCUGCAACCACAGAUCAGAAUGUGGAGCAAUGCAGAAGUGGCAACAACAGUGAAGCCACGAUUAUGGAGAAACCAAGGCGAUGGCAUGAUGUUUUCUGGUCUGGAAUGUUUGUAAUCCACUUGAUUGGUUUCGGUUUUGUUCUUGUUGUUCUUGGCCUCAACAGAUUCAAGAAGAAGAACAGGCUUGACAUUGAUAAGUACACAUACCGCUUCAUGGAGAAUCAAGCCGGAUUGACAGAGGAUUACUGGCCAGUCUAUGCGGUUGCCGGUUUAGUUGGGACUGCUCUUGGAUGUUGUUGGCUGUCACUGUUGGGUUCAUGUGCUACCCUUAUGAUGAAGGUGUCUGUUCAUAUCCUCACCACAUAUCUUGCUGUGAUCAGUGUUCUCUCUUUUUGGGCUGAGCAGGUCUUCUGGGGUGUCGCUUUUGCUAUUGGAGCAUGCCUUCAGCUUUUGUAUGUGAUAUCUGUUAUAGACAGACUUCCAUUUACUAUGUUAGUUUUGCAAAAGGCUGUUAAGAUGGUAUGGAAUCUUCCUGAGGUUAUGAAAGUUGCACAUGCAUUUGUGCUGCUGCUUCUUUCGUGGAUGGUGUUGUGGUCAUUUGGAGUAGCUGGUGUUGUGGCUUCAAGUAUGGGUGACGGUGGACGCUGGUGGCUUCUUGUGGUCCUCUCUGUAAGCUUAUUUUGGACUGGUGCUGUACUGUGUAAUACUCUGCAUGUCGUUGUGUCUGGAAUUGUGUUCCUCGCGAACGUCCAUUAUAGCAAAGAGAGUUCAUCAUUUCCCACUAAAUCCUUAAUGAAAUCAUUGCAAUAUGCUUUAACAACUUCGUUUGGCAGCAUUUGUUAUGGCUCAUUAUUUACAGCUGUUAUUAGGACAAUGCGGUGGCAGAUUCGAGGCGUCCGAGCAAAGAUAGGCAAUAAUGAAUGUUUACUUUGUUGUGUUGAUUUCCUUUUCCACAUGGUGGAGACUCUUGUCCGAUUCUUUAACAAGUAUGCAUAUGUUCAGAUUGGUGUGUAUGGAAAAAGCUUUAACCACUCUGCCAGAGAUGCAUGGGAGUUAUUCCAAUCAACUGGAGUUGAAGCACUUGUGGCCUAUGAUUGUUCAGGUGCUAUAAUGUUAAUGGGAACCAUUUUUGGAGGUCUGAUAACUGGAACUUGCGCAGGUGCCUGGGCAUGGAUUAAGUGGAGUAAUAGAGCUUUUAUGAUCGGAUCCAUGUCUAUGCUCAUGGGAAUGAUGUUGGUUGGAGUGGCUAUGGUUGUGGUGGAAAGUGCUGUUACUUCAAUAUAUGUCUGCUAUGCUGAAGACCCCUUAUCGAUCCAUAGAUGGGACCCAGAAUUCUUCAACCAGAUCUCUGAGACACUAAACCAGCGGCUUCAACAUAGAAGUAAACGUGUGAGCGAAGUUUUAACCCACAAUCAGCUUGAUAACCUAGUACGAUCAAACACAUCAGUUUGAGGAAUCACUUUAAUUAAUAUUAAAUAUUAUAAAAAUGAUUUAGCUUCGUUCCUUUUUCUUUUCUUCUUUUCCUUUUUUUUCCUUUUUUUUUUUAUAUAUUUUUGUGUGUGGUGUGUAAUAUGAUAACUGUAAUUGCAAAUUAAUAUUGGCAUAUUGUUGUGAUAUAUGCCAGGCAAGAUGGUUGCUUCUAGUAUGUGGUUAAUUUUGUACCA